UGACAGCGCAGAGGCGCACGUUGGAGACCGGACACCCCCGAAUUGCUGUGCGCGGGCCACGAGAAAGGCCCCUGCAUCAUGAUGAACCCCGCGCAGGGGUCGCCGUCACCAGACGCCAAGCAGGAGGAGAUGCGCGCGGAGGGCGACGACUUCCAACCCAAAGACACGCAGACCACCGACAAAGGAUACAAACUCCCGUUCAGCGUCGAGUCGCUCAUUUCCAAAAGCGCCUGUCGGACUUCUCACCAGCCCUCAGAUUCAGGCGUGCUGCCGAAGCGCGCGGGCGCACACGGCGCGCGCUUCUCUCCAAGAACUUUUUACGCGGAGAGCUCGCAGGGAGUCUCCGAGGAGGACAGUCCGCAGCUGUGUGAGAAAGAGCACAGCUCCUGGUACCAGGUGUCCUCCUUCUCUACACCUCCUCGAAGCUCAAGUCCAAGUCAGUGCACUCUAAGGAAGCACAAAAACAACAGGAAACCUCGCACGCCCUUCACUACCUCGCAGCUGCUCGCGCUGGAGCGCAAGUUUCGCCAGAAGCAGUACCUGUCCAUCGCCGAGAGAGCCGAGUUCUCCAGCUCCCUCAACCUGACGGAGACUCAGGUGAAGAUCUGGUUCCAGAACAGGAGAGCCAAAGCCAAGAGACUGCAGGAAGCCGAGCUGGAAAAGUUUAAGCUGGCCUCCAAGCCCGUCCUGCCCGCCUUCGCGCUGCCUUUCCCCCUAGGAGCGCACGUGGGAUCCCCCUCCUGGGGGCCCUCAAAUGCCUUACCGAGGCCCAGCCUGCCGGUCCCGGGACUCUUCAGCGGGCCCGUCACGUAUGGAAUGUACUAUUUGUCUUAGAAUUCCUGCCUUUUUACCUGGUUGCAAUAACUUUUUGAGAGAAUGCAUAUUCAUUUGGAGAGCAGAAAUACUUUCCUUCUUUUGUCGUGAACUUGAAUUUGGAUGCGGCUCUGCGCAUCACUCCAAACGUCCUCCAAACAAAAAACAACAACCGUGACCUGCUGACACUGCAGAAUCCACACUUUCAUUUCCUCACAGCACUCCUUAUAAAGACAUUUUAUUUGAAAAUGCGAAUUAUAUUUAGAGCAGUAAAUGUAUUAGUCUUGAACUCUCACGAAGUGGCCUUUAUGGGAGUCCUCUAGAGCCUUCUCAGGACCUGAGCGUCAGUAAAGGCGUUUGCUCUCGCAGCCUCUCGCUUGAAGAGCAGGGCGAGGGCUAUUUAUUGAACAUCUUUCUAUCUGUACUGUGUACACUCGUUUUCAGUUGUAAGAAAUUAUUUCAGUGAAGUAAAUACA